AUGGCUAACGAUAAUAGUGAAUUAGCGGCAUUCGUUCUACGCCGUGRUCAGAUAAAAGGGCAGCUUACUCGGUUUCAAACAUUUCUGGAAGACCCAAAGUCCAACGUUGCUACGCAAUUAAGAUUACGUGCUGAAAAGAUACGUGAAGCAUGGAGUGAAUUUGAUGCCAUACAAAAUAAUAUUGAGAUAUUAGACGUUAGUAAUGAACAGGUACAAUAUAGGUCCGCAUUUGAAAACCUAUACUAUGACUUAAUGUCAGAAGUCGACGAUAGAUUAUCGAAAAGCAACGCGCUUGCGCAAAAUCGACAACAAAUACAGGGUGAUCAAAGUGAAGUCACAAAUAGUCAUAAUUCUCCAUUAAUAAAACUUAAACCGUUAGAAAUUCCUACAUUUACGGGAAAAUUCGACGAUUGGGUUACGUUUCAAGACAUAUUCUGCGCAUUGGUACAUACAAAUAAAUCAAUAACAGAUAUUCAGAAAUUUUGUUAUUUAAGAAAUGCACUAGAAGGCGAAGCUAGUUCAUUAAUUAAAAAUUUAGAAACGUCGUCAUCGAAUUAUGAAAUUGCAUGGAAAAUAGUCACAACGAGAUACAAUAAUACUCGUAUGUUGAUUCAAACACACACGAAGCGCAUUUUCGACCUAGAGCCUAUUAAUAAAGAAUCGGGCAUUAAGUUAAAACAAUUAACUGAUUCGCUAAAUGCACAUAUACAAGCAUUAAAAGCUUUAAAGCAUGACCCACACAACUGGGGUGCAUUACUGCUACACGUUAUAUACACGAAACUUGACACAAAUUCAAUACGUCAAUGGGAAGCCGAAGUGUCAAAAGAUGAGUUACCGAGUGUACAAUUAAUGAUGGGAUUCCUGGGUAAAAGGAGUCAAAUGUUAGAGUCUGUAGAAAAUGCAAAAUUAUUAACAUUUAAGCAAAAUGAACCAAAUUGGUCGUCAAAUAAAAUCGCAAAAUUUGGAGCUUCGAGAAAAGGUGCAUCGUCAUUUUUGUCAACGUAUAAAAUGAAAUGUUAUAUGUGUCAGCAACCGCACCCAAUAUAUAAAUGUACUGCAUUUCUGGCACUUGAUAUAGCGUCUAGAGUAAGCAAAGUCAAUGAAUUGAAAAUUUGCAGUAAUUGCUUAAAGAAAACUGACCAUCAAGUAAAACAAUGUCCCGCGAGGAAAUGUGUAAAAUGUCGAAAACCACAUAAUUUACUAUUACACCAUGAUAAAGAACCAAGUUCCGACGAAGGAAGUGCACAAGGUAACGUGUCAAACGAUGGGCUAGUAGUUGCGCAUACCGCGGAUGCCGGCGAAAUUGACAAUCAAGUGCUGUUGGCGACGGCAAUAAUAAAGGUAUCAAGUCCCGCYGGUAAUCAUAUACACGGCCGGGCAUUACUUGAUAAUGGGUCUCAAAGUAAUUUUAUUACGAAUAAUUUGGUACUUAAACUCGGUCUGAAGCGUCAUAAAGUAAAUAUACCGAUAUGCGGAAUAAGUGAGUCAAAAAAUAAUAUAAGGUAUAAGGUAACAGCUGUCGUGCAAUCAUUAAAUAGUUCGUAUGUAACGACAAUCGAGUUUUUAGUGUUAUCAAAAAUAACAGGUUCCUUACCACACACACCAACACGUACCGUGAGCAUUCCCGAUAACGUUAAUAUUGCAGAUCCGUUAUUCAAUUGUCCGGGCAACAUCGACGUUCUUAUCGGAGGUGAUACCUAUUGGGAUAUAAUGUGCGAUGAGAAAUUAAAAACCAAAGACGGUCCGUAUUUGCAAAAAACGUUAUUAGGAUGGGUAGUCGUAGAACCCGACACAAGCAAAUUGACUCAUAACUUGGUGUCGCGCUGGCAAAAAGUUCAAAGCAUUGCCCAGCAAAUUUGGAGGCGUUGGAGUAUUGAAUACCUGAGUCAACUUCAGGAACGUAAUAAGUGGGACAAGUCUCGUGGUCCCCCGAUAAAAGUGGGCUCAAUGGUAAUAAUAAAAGAUACCAAUUUACCUCCACUACGAUGGAACCUAGGGCGUGUGGUCGACAUAUUUCCGGGCAAGGAUGGUGUGGUGCGAGUUGCAAUGGUCAAUACAGCGAGUGGCCAAAAGAAGAGAGCGGUGAGAUUGUUGUGUCCAUUGCCAAUCCAAGACAAUGACGAAUUAGGGCCAAACUAA